ACACCAGAUUCUACGUGACAGUGAAAUUUUCGAUUUUACAAAACUCCUUUAUAUCUGGAGGUAACCUCACGAGCCUAAUUAAGCAUUAAGAAUGAGUUUUCGUGGCGGUCGCGGAGGUGGAUUCAGAGGAGGACGUCCUGGAUAUCGUCCUUUUACCCCUGCUGGUCCUCCUGAUCAAGUUUUAGAAAUUGGUACCUUUAUGCAUGAUUGUGAAGGAGACAUGGUUUGUCAAUCUACCAAUCCCAAGAUCCCUUACUUCAAUGCUCCUAUUUACUUGGAGAACAAGUCUCAAAUUGGCAAGAUUGAUGAGAUUUUGGGCCCCAUGAAUCAAGUCUACUUCACUGUUAAGCCUUCAGAGGGCAUUGUAUCUAGCUCUUUCAAGGUCGGUGACAAGGUCUACAUUGGAGGCGAUAAGCUCCUUCCCUUGGAACGCUUCUUACCCAAGCCUAAGGGCCCUGCUGUUAAAAAGCCAAAAACUGCUGCUGCCGGACGCGGUGGUUUCCGUGGUGGCCGUGGCGGCGGCGGUUUCCGUGGUGGUGGUGCACCUCGCGGCGGUGGCUUCCGUGGUGGCCGUGGAGGAGGUGGUUUCCGUGGUGGUUCAUCUCGCGGUGGUUUCCGUGGACGUGGAAGAUUUUAAAGGUGAAAGACAAAUCGCCUUUGAACGGAAUUUAUCGGGUUCUUUUUAUAUCCUUCCGGUGAAUUGUGAAGGAGAGUGAAAAUAUUCUCUAUUGGGGUUGGCUUUUUGGAUAGAAUUUGAUUUUUGCAUUGUCCACAUUCUGAAUGGAAGGUUUACAGUCAUAUUUUCGUGGCUAGCUUUGACUUAAAUCAAACGGUGUAUGAAGCGCUUUUCCACGAAACAGUUAUAUCUGCUUUCAUUAUUUAUAAAGAGAACUAGUAUAGUUCGUGUUGUAUCCUUUAAAAGUAUAAACUCUCUUUCGAUUCUGUGGUACAUUUAAUUUAGGUAAAAAUAAAUUUUUGAAUCGUGUAUUAAAAAUUGAUUUUAGAUUUCACAGAG